UGCAUCGCUCCGCCUUUGCGACUUUACCUCAUCUCACUUACUGGACCUCAGUCAGUCCCAUUUCGAAGGAACCAGAAGAGAAUAUACAAGGAAACCAUGCCGAUUUUUGUUGUUAACACCAACUUUGCCAAAGACGACCUACCGGCAGAUCUGCUGUCAGAGGCUACAAAGGAGCUUGCCAUAGCCAUAGGCAAACCCACAGAGUUCAUCGCAGUGCAUUUCCACGCGGAUCAAAUUAUAAUGAUUGGUGGAAACGAAGACCCAUGUGCACUCUGUUCCUUUUACACCAUUGAAAAGAUCGGCUGUGCUGAAAUCAAGCACUUCUCGAAACUGCUGUGUGGACUGCUCAACAAACAGCUAGGCAUAUCUCCUGACAGGAUUUAUAUUAAUUUUGUGGAUGUGGGUGCAGGCAAUUUGGCCUGGAACAACACGACUUUUGACUGAGAGUGUAUUGAGCUCGCGAUUCAGAGAAAAUCAUUGGAGCUGCAUUGAAGAGUCAUGGCGAAAAUUGACCAAGAAGCAAGAACACAAGAUAGUAUAAGUUUAUCUGCUGUAGCUUUGCGCUGGUCUUUCUCUCCUACAAUAAAGAACACCCUAUAAUAAGCAAA